AUGACUGCAGCACCUUCUGAAGCUCAACCAUGGGAACGGAUAUUAUGGAAAAGACUUCCUUUUCCAGAUAACUAUGUCUCUAAACCACAUUUCUUGGCUUCUCUUCGUAAGAAUGUACUGGCUUCGACCUCCGUCUCCCAACAUGUAGCCAGCAUCUUUAUAUUUCUCGCAAUAUUCAUAAGGCUCAAAGAGAACAGCGCUGACCCUCGUAUCAUCAUUUGGCUUUCUAUCCUUCUCUUCUUUGUGGGAUGGAUAAGCUGGGAGAUUACGUUGUUCAUGCAGAACACGCCACUCCGGAGGGAGCUACUUGCACUAGCUCCGGUUUUAAAGACGUUGACGGAGGCGACCUCGUCCGACUCCAUUUGGGCAUUGUCAUUCUCUCUUUUUAUUUUGCAUACUCUCCUAGCAGACUAUACAACUCCUCUAGUCCGUGAAGGACGUGAAAGGUUGACAUCGGUGUUGUCUAUGAACGCAGCCAUAUCAGCCAGUGUAGUCCUUGCGUCGAGGCUAAACACUGACUUUUCCGUUUUCGCCUUGAUGCUCUUCUCUGUUCAAGACUUCGCUCUCUUUCCAUUGCUUAGACGGCAGUUGCAUGUGAGCACACCCGAUAUGAGAUACGAGGAGAGUGGGACGUUGCUGUGCCUGAAAUCGGAUAAUUAUGUAGUAUUUAUCGCCGUUUUAUCGAUAUCAGCAGAUCACAAGGUACCUUGGGAGACACCAAUGAAAUAUUGCUUGGCCGCGGGCCGCCUUUCCUCAGAUGAUGCUAAUUCUUCCUCUGUUUGCUUGGGUCUGACCAUGUUGAAGCCUACUAUUACUGGUGGCCUUGAGGCUGGAUUAGAGCACCAAACUAAGAGACAGGUGGCUCGCGGAGGGAGGGCCCUUCUUCAGAGCGAUUGGGCAUCUCUGGAAGUGGAACAGUUGCUGAAUCUCUGUCCGGACUCCAUGGAUAUCCUUGAUUUGAUGUAUCGGCAUGGUGGCAAACCAAACACACUCUCUCUCACGCUCCUCCACAGCGGUCCAACUCUUUCGGGCCACACUCGACCCAAGGCCGAGCUCCCUCCCGUUAGGGAGGGGUCCCUGAAAGGGACCGCUGCAGGCAUAUCCUGUUUGCUCCAGGUUGUGCAGGCACAAGCAUUCGACCGAAAACAUGUAAUAUGCAUCGCUCCAACCGGAGCAGGAAAGACCCUACCGCUCCUUUUACCGACAUUUAUUGUACCUAAAUCGAUCACGUUGGUUGUAUCGCCCUUGAACUUGCUCACGAAACAGAUAAAUGACCUGCUCACGUCGAAACGAAUCAAGUCGGUAGCCUUGACAGCAGAAACCUCAAACCUCGAACUCAUUGAGGUGAUCUGCCUUUCGCCAGAGCAACUAGUUGGCACAUCCUUUAAGAAAGUCCUCGAAUCCAAAGAAUUUGAAUCACGUCUCUCGCGCAUUGUCAUCGAUGAAGUUCACAUCCUGAAGCAAUGGGGGUCUCGGUUUCGCUCAGCUUACCUCAAACUCGACCACCUCCGUUACACUUUCCCAAAGGCUCUAUUCUAUUUAACAACGGCGACUCUGACACCAAACGAAGCUUCGGAUCUGCGCAAAACAUUGAAAUUGCCUGACGAAGACUUACUUGUUGUCAAGCUAAGCAACGAUCGUCCAAAACUCAAGUUUAUUGUAAAGCAAAUCAAAGGGAAACUGUCUCUGUACGAAGACCUUGUCUUUUUACUUGGUGAAUCUGCUUCUACAGGCUGUCCACCCCCGAAAUUCCUCGUCUUCACCAAUACUCGUAAGGAGGCACAAGAUGCAACCAUCGCUCUUCAGAAGCACCUACCUGCACACCUCAGAAGACAUCUCACUUGGCUCCAUGCUGGUAGUUCUGAUCCACAUAAGGCAUCCUUCGCGGAAAGAUUACAGUCUGGAUAUCUUUGGGGUGGCUGCGUAACUGACGUUGCUGCAAUGGGAAUAGAUGUCUCUGACAUCGUCUAUGUUGUUCAAUGGCGGAUGUCAGCGCAUACUUCCACAACUCUUCAGCGUUUAGGACGAGCAGGAAGGAGUGAUAUGAAUUCCUAUGGAAUUGUAUUUGUUGAACCAGAUUUCUUCCUGAACCGAAGUAAACGACCAGCUACUCAACACGAUCAACGUCCAACAAAACGAAGAAAAACCCAGAACACGACUGCCCAAGCGACAUCAAUUGAGACCCAAGACGUCAACAAAUCAACAGAUGGGAGUCAUGCACCUCCUCAAGAGAUCGCAAGGAAAAUCAAUGGAGAGGAUGUAGACAAAUCUUUACUGGAAUUUGUACGGACAAAGGGCUGUCGACGGCAUGUCUUGAAUGAACACUACAAGAAUGCAGAAGCUAGCAAGUGGAAAUUCAUCUCUUCGCCACAUCUAACUGUCUCUAUAGCGUACAAUGAACAGCACUGUGCUCGUUGCUCGACUCCACAGGUUGGAGAUGACUGUCAAGCAUGUGACAAUUGCCAGCCCGAGCUUCUUGACUUGGUGAAGUUUGUCGACCCAGUCCAAGAGACGGCCCGAUCAGCGAGGGUGCAGAAGCCAGUCCCCUUUGAAGGCACACCCACCGAGCUGGAACUACAGCAGAAACUAGUCACUUGGCGUGAGGAAGUAUAUCAGCGGGAUUUCGGUGGUCCACUAUUCACUGGAGAAAUGAUCUUAUCUGACAAGGAAGUCUCCGAUCUUGUAUGCUUUGCAAGAAUGGGGGUCAUAAGGAGUGCGAGAGAUAUCACUGAUCGGCUUGGAACACAACCUGCCUACAGGUACACGGAAGAAAUGAUCAAAAUCAUUGAAGCCUUUAAUACACCAGCUGUCAAUACAGUACCCGUUGCAAGCUCGAGUCUGGUUGCCUGUGGAGAACCUAAAAAAAGUGCUAGGGCUCAACCCAAAUGUGGGGACACUGUUCUAUGCCCGAAGUACGAUGCCGACAAAGCGCAAAUGAAGAAAGCUGCUAGUGCCGAAAAAAGAAAAGCAACAAUCCAGAUGAGAAAGCUGACCAAAAUAGGGAACGAAAACAAAACCAGCGAUUUAGAACGGUCAACGUCGUCAACACGGCUUCCGCAAGUUUUUGGGACUCAGAACGAUGGCCCCCUAUGA